UGCGAGUGCGCGUGCGCGUGCCAACUCGUCGUCAGCUCGCGCUAGCUUCCCAUGGUAGCUAGCUUGCUGAAGCGUUUGUGCGCGGACACCUCAGUGGUUCUCUCGCCAUGAGAGAAGGACACCUGCCCCCACUGCGUGUCCAGGAGCCUCCGGUGCCAAAGAGGAUGAGGGGGUUGUCUGGAAACAGUGAGAAGUUAGCCGACGCCAACACCGAGUGAAGCUAGACUUUUUUGGACAGGCGGCUGCCGUGCCCGCUAGCAUCCUGCUAAGGAAAGCUCCGAGAUUUCUUUCUCGUUCUUAAGCACGGACUGGACGCGGAAGGAGGAUAUGAGGCGAGCUGGACAGCUAAUGCUAAAUAUGAAUGUUUUUAAAUACAUUGAGUGGGUUGCCAAUGUGCCUAAAAGUAAUUCUCCUGAUAACCCAACACGGACUCAUCUACAGUGUGGCAACGCGGGUGCAGAGAGGGGACAAGAGUGUGCAAGGAUUCUUGACCUCAACUGAUGCAUACAUAUCCAAGACUCAGAACUUUUGUCCUUGAUGAAACAGUCUUGGUUAAUCUGCCGUCCCCAAUGGAAGUGCCAUCGUAGACACAAGAUACUGUGGCUCGAACUGCUGCACAGUUUUUUGAGCUACAGACUUGGAGGAAGUAUUUCAGCUUUUGGGUGAACCUGAAGUUGGAGAUGGGUUCCCAAGCUCUUCAGAUAUUGAGGCAGGGUGUGUGGGCCUCACUCACAGGGGGCUGGUAUGUGGACCCCCAUCAGAGCACCUUCUCAAACUGCUUCCACCUCUACCUUUGGAUAUUUCUUCUGGCCUUCCCCUUUCUGCUCUAUAUGGCUCUUCCUCCUAGCUUGGUCAUAGCAGGAGUCUAUUCUGCUGUGGUGGCAGUGUUUUUCACAGCCAUUAAGGUCGUGAACUUCCGGCUUCAUGCAAUGUUUGACCUUGGGGAGAUUAUAGAGAAGAAGCAGGCCUCACUCACAGCUGACGCCCCAAGAACAGAAGAAGGAGAUGAAGGUUCAGGUGUCCAUGAUGGAAACCACCACAGGGACAGUCAUAUUGGUGUAGAGAUGACUGUGUUUCGAAAGGUCAACUCAACACCUCCGGUGCGCUGUAGCUCCCAGCACUCGCUGUUUGGGUUGAACCAGGUGUCGGAGUUUUUGCCUCAGCUGGAGGAUACAGGAGGCACUAAGGAUAUCAAAGAGCUAAUGCGGGAACAAGGAAGCAAUAACAUGAUUGUUACAUCGGCUCACCGUGAAAUCUUACGACAAACCUCUCUGGACACCAUUCGAGCGCCCAGUGUCAUCCAGUCCCGCAUUGCUGCUGGUUUGGGAGGUGAUUUCUCUGGCUUUGGGGAGCCUGGAGAAUGUCUGUCUAUCCCUCCUUCACCCUCCAGUCAAGAAGAUGGAGGUGAGAAGGACCACUUGCAGGAAGUGGCGGAGUUACCAGAACAACUGUCUCUGCGGAGUCCUGAGGACAAUGGGUUAGGGUCUUAUUCUCCCCUUGGCCCCUCUGCUGAAUCUGAGAGUCUGGGGGAUACCCCGCUCAGCCCUCUUAUAAAGAGCAGCUUAAGUGAAGAGCUGAGUGAAAAUCUUUUGGGUUUGGGCCUUGACCCUGUGGCGUUUGCACCUGGGACUAAGCAUCCAGGCAGCCGCAGUGGGGUGGCACUAGCGGCCGGAUCCACAGACAGCUGUUUUAGUACAGGUGGAACCACCACAGACCGUGAGACGCUGAGCACUGUUAGCAGUUACCGCAGUGAAAAAACUGAUUCCACUCAACUGGAAAGCCCUUCGUUCAGCCAGUCACAGCCUGCAGAUGGACAGUCUUCUGCCUCCACUAAAGCAAUAGGCUCAAACAUGGUGGAGCCUAGAGAAGACCCAGUAGGACAGGGUGGAAGUGAUACAGACAACCUGUCAGACAGUGUGUUACUGCGUUCACCUUCCAAAGACUUUUCUCUGAGCCAGGGGCUAGACAGAACACUUGUCGAAGAAGAGGAUUUGACCCCUGUGCCCUCUGAUAUUGCACAGCCCUCUCCUCUCCAGAACUCAUCCCCUUCAAGUAGUGGCCAAUCCGAAGUUUGUGAUUUAGACGGAAAUAUCCCACUUCCCCCUGUACCCCCUUCUCGUCAGGCCAAUUCGGUGCCCUCAGGGCUGGCCCUGGGUUUAGUGUGUUCUGAGCCUGCUUUGCCCAUAUCAUCUACCCCUUUCUUACUGUCUGACCAGCCUGCGUUGCAAGCCCAGCAGGUUGUGCGCCCUAAAGACUUGAAGCUGCUGCGGGCCAGUGGCAGUAGUGUGGGGCACAGACCAGGGCGGAGAAAAGCUCCAAGAAGACGAGGCGGAGCAGGAAGCAGUAGUUUUGACUGUGGCUCGUACAGGCGUCCCCACAAUCAUAGACAACACAGAGAUUACAUCCCAGUGCGCAACCGACUGGGUGCCAAGGCGUACAGUGAAAGUCUGUUUGAAGAUUCUAGUGACGAGGAUGAUGGGAGUGACAUGAGCGCUGGUUCCAGUCUGGGCUCCCAGCACCGAUACAGCUCAGAUGAUGAUGAUGAUGAAGAUGAUGAUGAUGACUCAAGUUCCUCUACCUCCUGCUACUCCCCAGACCUUGCUAACACUGGCAUUACAUCCCCACUCCCCCCUGCUGCUCAGCUGCCCACUCCAGGGGAAGGGGAUUUACCUGAAACUGCUGGCCCCUCUCAUUCUCGUGCUGCUCAGCGCUCUUCUAGCACGGCUAGUGCUAAGACUCAUGCAAGAGUCCUAAGUAUGGAUGGGGCAGGUGGAGGCCAGAGCAGCACUGCUGCUCAGGCCUCUACCCUGCUUUCAAUGCCCUCCACCUCCACUCCUGCACCUCGAACUCUCACCAUGUCGAAGUCUGAUCUGGAAGCCCGCACUUUUCAUACUGACGGCUUCCCUGGAGCUCUUCAUCGGCUGGAUUCUCUUGGCGGCUCUUGGACGGGCAACCAGAUGGGCUGGAGGGCAGGGGACCUGGUUGAGGAAGGAGCUGUGGGAGGAGCUAUGGCUCCAGAGGAUGGAAGCAAACAUGACUCAGUCAGCAGUGUAAAGAGGACCCAGGCCAUUCGCAGGAGGCACAAUGCUGGAAGCAACCCUACACCGCCCCCGUCCACUAUGGGAUCCCCUCCCAGCCUGCAAGACCUCCAGCGAGCUCGCACCUCUUCUCAUUCACGGACACGCACACUCCCCUCAGCCUUACAGUUUGCCUCCUCACUCCUAUUGCCUCGCAGUGGCAUCCAUGAGGCCUCCACCUUUGAUGACACAUCUGAAGGAGCAGUGCACUACUUUUAUGACGAAAGUGGCGUGAAGAGGUCCUACACAUUUGGUCCUGCUGGAGGUGGUUAUGAAGACCCAGUUCAUGAAAGGGAAAGGCAAUCCCAGUCCUCAAGUUUCACCUCCACUGAGGUCCAGGAAGGGGCACCGGUCCUGUCCAUGCUACAGCCCAGACCUGUUUUACAGGGCAUGCAGGUGCGCAGGGUACCUCUGGAAAUGCCUGAGUUUGAUCCAGAUCAUGAGUCUUUACAAGAGUCCCAGGAAAACACACUGAUGAUUGAAGAGAAAGCUAAACCCAAACAGUACUAUCGCUUUUGGGUACUCCCUGGGAAGUGGCUGCGGGUUCGAUAUGAUCGAUUGGCUCUUCUGGCCUUGUUGGACAGGAAUCGUCGUGUUGGUGAGAAUGUGUUUGCAGUGGUGCUGGCCAGUCUCGUGGCCUUCCUGGGGUUCCUACUACUUCUACAGGGCUUCUUCAGGGACAUCUGGGUGUUCCAGUUCUGCCUGGUCAUUGCUAGCUGCCAGUAUUCCUUAUUGAAGAGUGUUCAACCAGAUGCAGCUUCUCCCAUGCAUGGCCAUAACUGGAUCAUUGUGUAUAGUCGACCAGUCUACUUCUGCUUGUGCUGCGUGAUGAUCUGGAUCUUUGACCUGUCUGGGCACUCUGGAAGCCUGCAGCCCUUCUCCCUCUAUGGUGUCACCUUCUUCUCUGCCAACUUCUUGCUCUGUGUCAGGGACAUGCUCAUCGUCUUUGCCUUGUGUUUCCCGGUGAUUUUCCUGUUUGGGUUGCUACCUCAGGUCAAUACUUUUAUGAUGUGUCUGCUGGAACAGAUUGACAUGCACGUUUUUGGUGGAACUGCCACCACCAGCCCCCUUUCAUCUCUCUUUAGCCUCAUACGCAGCGUGUUGGUGGCUGCUCUGCUGUAUGGAUUUUGCCUCGGUGCUAUCAACGCACCGUGGGGGGACGCUCAUGUGCCAGUUCUGUUUUCUGUGUUCUGUGGCCUACUCCUGGCCUUAUCCUACCACCUCAGCCGCCAAAGCAGUGAUCCCACCAUCUUGUGGUCACUGGUCCGGUCUAAAUUAUUCCCUGAGCUAGAGAACCGCAUAGCAGAUGAACCCCCUGUGGAGAUCAAGGACCCUCUUCCUGAGAAGCUGCGUAACUCUGUGAAGGAGAUUCUUCAUUCAGACCUCGUCAUGUGUCCCCUCAUGGCUGUCAUUACCUUUGCCAUCAGUGCCAGCACAGUUUUCAUCGCUCUACAGCCUGCUCUCAGCUUCGUCUUGUACAUCCUUGCCGGGGUUAUUGGCUUCGUUACUCACUAUCUCCUGCCCCAGUUCCGCAAACAGCUGCCAUGGUUCUGCCUGGCUCACCCUGUGCUCCGCUCCAGAGAGUACAGUCAGUUUGAGGUUCGAGAUGCUGCUCAGUUGAUGUGGUUUGAGAAGCUGUACGCAUGGCUUCAGUGUGUGGAGAAGUAUUUCAUUUACCCAGCAGUGGUGCUUAACUCCCUGACGACAGAAGCUCGCACUGUAGGCCAGAACCACAAAGAGCUGGACAUCUACAGCCGAGCUUUCUUCAUCUCAGUAGCAGGCAUGAAGCUGCUGCGGUCCUCGUUCUGUGUGCCAUCACAGCAGUACGUCACUCUGUGCUUCACAACACUCUUCUUUCACUUUGACUAUCCACACUUCUCAGAGACCUUCCUCAUCGACUACUACUUCAUGUCCAUUCUCUUCAGCAAGAUGUGGGACCUGCUGUACAAACUUCGCUUUGUGUUGACUUACAUCGCCCCAUGGCAGAUCACCUGGGGAUCAGCCUUCCAUGCAUUCGCUCAACCCUUUGCUGUGCCUCACUCUGCUGUGCUUUUUGUCCAGGCUGUCUUCUCUGCCCUGUUUUCCACCCCUCUCAAUCCUGUCCUAGGCAGUGCUGUAUUUGUCACCUCGUACACAAGACCUGUAAAAUUUUGGGAGCGUGACUACAACACCAAGCGGGUCGAUCAUUCCAAUACCAGACUUGCCACUCAGUUGGACCGCAACCCAGGUGCGGAUGACAACAAUCUCAAUUCGAUUUUCUAUGAGCACCUGACGCGCUCGUUGCAGCACAGCUUGUGUGGAGACCUGCUGCUUGGUCGCUGGGGCAACUAUAGCACAGGGGACUGCUUCAUCCUCGCCUCAGACUACCUCAAUGCUCUGGUGCAUAUCAUUGAGAUCGGCAACGGACUGGUCACCUUUCAGCUUAGGGGUCUAGAGUUCAGAGGGACCUACUGUCAGCAGAGGGAGGUAGAGGCCAUCACAGAGGGGGUUGAGGAGGACGAGGGCUGCUGCUGCUGUGAACCUGGUCACCUGCCUCACAUGUUGUCAUUCAAUGCUGCCUUUGGGCAGCGCUGGCUGGCAUGGGAGGUGGCCGCCACCAAGUAUGUUCUAGAGGGCUACAGCAUCAGUGACAACAAUGCAGCUUCCAUGUUGCAAGUGUUCGACCUUCGGAAGAUCCUCAUCACAUACUAUGUUAAAAGCAUCAUCUAUUAUGUGAGUCGAUCUUCUAAGCUGGAGGAAUGGCUGACUAAUGAGACCAUUCAGGAGGCUCUGCGGCCUUGUGUUGGGCCUAACUACGUAGACAGUGACCCCACAUUCAACCUGAACAUCGAUGAGGACUAUGACCACAGGGCGUCCGGCAUUACCCUCUCCUCAUUCUGCAUGGUUUACCUGGAUUGGAUUCAGUACUGCAACACCAGGCGUCAAACGCAGGUUACCUGUGAAAGAGAUUCUCCACUUGUCAUCCUCUGUUUUGGGUUGUGCAUCCUGGGAAGAAGAGCUCUGGGCACUGCCUCCCACAGCAUGUCUGCGAGCUUGGAGCCGUUCCUCUAUGGCCUCCAUGCGCUCUUCAAGGGAGACUUUCGCAUCACAUCUCCAAGGGAUGAGUGGGUGUUUGCAGACAUGGACCUGCUGAAUCGAGUGGUGGCACCAGGAGUGAGGAUGUCCCUCAAACUGCAUCAGGAUCACUUUACUUCUCCAGAUGAGUAUGAGGAUCCCAUGGUUUUGUAUGACGCCAUCACUGCCAAUGAGGAGAAAAUGUUGAUAUCACAUGAAGGAGACCCUGUUUGGCGCAGUGCUAUUCUAGCAAACAUGCCAUCACUGUUAGCGCUGCGCCACAUCAUGGACGAUGGCAGUGACGAGUACAAGAUCAUCAUGCUUAACAAGAGGUUCCUCAGCUUCAGAGUCAUCAAGGUGAACAGAGAGUGUGUGCGUGGCCUGUGGGCGGGGCAACAGCAGGAGCUGGUUUUCCUGCGCAACCGUAACCCAGAGCGCGGCAGCAUUCAAAAUGCCAAACAAGCCCUGAGGAAUAUGAUCAACUCGUCAUGUGACCAGCCCAUCGGUUACCCCAUUUAUGUGUCUCCACUCACCACCUCAUACGCUGGGGGGCACAGCCAGCUGCGCUCUGUGUGGGGAGGACCGGUCAGCCCGCACAACAUCUACACCUGGCUCAUCAGCAGCUGGGACGGGUUACAGAAAGGCUGUGGUGCUGGCUGUAACAGUGGAGGAAACAUUGAAGACUCAGACUGUGGAGGUGGCUCCGCCUCCAUCUCCACCAACCCAGCCAUUCACACCACCCAGAGCACACCUGCCUCCAGCCUUCCUCAGCCUCACAUCACCACUGUUCAGCCUCCCAUUGGUACAGAUAACCCUGUUGGUCCAACCCAGAGCUGGUCUCACCAUCCCCAACCUCUUCCAUUAGCUCUGCUCAGCCAGUCAGAAGGCAGGAUGGAGGCGGGCUUGCUUACAUCCUUGCAGCGAACCUCCUCCAUCCAGGGUCUGCUGGGCCAGCAACUGUCCAGCUCCCAGCUCUCCUUCAGCAGUAAUGUGGCUCCACCUCCUCUGCCAGGUCCAGAGCGCUUCGGUCCAGCAAGCCUGUUGGAGAACUCGGGACACAGAGUGGGCCAGCGGGCUGGUCUUCCCUGCAGUGGACUCCACUACGAGAGCCACUUUGGCAAGUGGAGUUUCUCAGGCAGGAAGGGCUUUAAUGGACCAGCUGCAGUGGAAGGGGAAGGAGCAACAGUACAGACCAUACGCACACAGCCUGCUGCUCCUGCUCUUCUGCAGGAGGUCAGUCUGACACAUGAUCCUCUGGGAGCCACUCAGACGAUGGAUCCCCUCCUGCUGACAGCAGGUGACCCCCCGACCCCCAGAGAGGAGUCCACAGAGCUGCCUUUACUCGAGCACCUGCACUGAGUCUGUGCAGUGGAAGCACACGGCGGUUGAUUCUGCUCAGACCAGACUCUUUAUUCCAGCCUCGUGUAACCGCGGCUUGUAAAUCCAAUACUGGAUUCUUUUGAUUCUGUACAUGUCACUCUUCUUAUCGUCAGCCGCAGGAAUCAAACAUCUACAGAGCUGAUUCUCAUCAGAUUAUGAAAUCAUUUCAUUUCAUAAAGACUGGAGGACCUGGUGAUGAACAUGUUUUUAAUCUUUAGGUUUUUUUUCUCCCAGACAAAGGCACGCGGUGUGUCUGUGGACGACCGUUGGGUUGGUAGUGACAGGCCACGAUGACCAGUGCAAUGAAAAGGGAUAUUUUUGCUUGAAGAUUGUUUUUUUUAUACUGGAGAAUAAGAGGAUCACGUCUGUCUUUCUUUCACUUGACGUCUGAACCAGCAGGGUUGUUUUUUUCUUUGUUCGUUUCUGCCUAACUAAACGAAAAGGGUCUGAAUAUUACUGUAUGUUUGUGCAGGAGAUUCAUCUGUGGAAACCACCAAAAGCCUUGUUUUAUUUUCCCACCCAUCCUCACCACACCUGCACUUCUGUGUCAAAGAGCUUCAGGAGCCUCCACUGCGUCUCCCACAUUGUCAACAUCCCACCAAGUCAUCGGUUUUCCUCUGGCUUAUUUCCUACAGAGGUGCCUGAAAACUUCUACUCACUUGUGUUUUGGAGCAGAUUUUACGGGGGAAGUAAGAGUCUCCUCUGUCCCAGCCAACAUGUGGUGCUUUCACCACGAGUUUCCAGUCUCCUUAGUCCUGGACAUGAGUCCAAACACCCAGAGCUGGAACCCAUUCAGUGAAAAUUGUGUUGAUCACAAACUUGCUUUUUUGUUUUUUGAGAGUGGAAUGUCAUUUUUCUAUUGGUUUACUUGAAGAUUCACAGGUUUCCUGAGUGUUUAAGGGGCCCUGAGUUUGUUUUCUUAAGCGAUCAAUAACUCCCCUCUGAUCAGAUUCAUGACUUUCUCAGCUGCUGUGUGUGUGUGUGUGUGUGUGGGGAGCGGUUUUCUUUGCCUGCUGUUCGGCCCCUCCAUCACUAUACUACUGCUUCUGCAUCUCCUGCUACUAAUAAUAUACCCACAACUACUGCUGUUUCUACAACAGUUAAUCCAGCGUUUUAGUUGGAAACGGACAAAGCUGAAUAAACAUGUCGGCGAAGGUGGAAUAUUUAUUUGUUAAAUAUUGUCUUACAGAUAUCUUUAACAGGGUUUGUCUCUAUGGUGUGCUGAUAUAGUGGAAUUGGAAAUCUGCCUUGUGUCGACUGUACCCACCCUGCCCUCAGAGUGUUUGUUGUUAUCACAUUUGUAUCAUCUCACUAAUGGCUGUCUGAUUUAUUUUUAUUUUUCUUAGCGUGUGUAUUUGAACUGGAAGUUGGUCUCUUUCCCACUCGUGCACUCUUUUUCACUGCUGUGGAAAAAAUCAAAUGAAAACACUUAUUGUGGAUUGAAGUAAACUGGUAAUCAAACCAAAUCAGGCCCAAAAUGUCUCCCCGGCUCCUGCAGUUUGUGUCCCUGUGCUCACUCAUCUGCAGCAACCUUGUGCCAUACCAGUGAUCAGAGACUCAGAAGAUGGAAACUUGAAGGAGGCCGGUGUUCUCAGGGUCUAUAACGGUAAAGAAAUGUACUUUUUUUGUCCAAAGGGAGAAGUCACAGAUCUGAGGUCAAACGUGUAUCCUCUCGUUCUGUGUUCUCCAUGCUGGUAAACCUGCACAUUUGUUUGUCUCUGACACAGAACAGAUGAUUCUCAGCAGUCAACAGUCAGCAUCCAUCAUGGUUACUUCCUUGACUCAGGAAAAACAGGCUUUCUAAUCAGAGCUGGAUUCUGUUUUUCUUCAUCUUUGUUUCCAAAGCAACAGGAAGUUCAAUGGUUUUUGUUGUUUGAACUUUGCUGGGAGUGAGGAAAGCACAAGUUAUUGGACCGACAUGGGUGUUAUUAAAAAGGGAUUUCUUAAUCUCUGAACUUGUACAGCAUGUGUCAUAUAUAAAUAUAUAUUUAAAAAAUAUAAAUCUAUU